AUGCCUCCCGGGGCACCGGAACACCUCCCGGCUCGUCACCACAUCCUGUGCCUGUGGCCAGAGGCCAGUAGAAGGCUGCGGCAGCAUCCGGGCCCAGCGGACCAGUGUCCGGACCUGCAUGCCAGUGCUGGGGCCACUAACGCCAGUGUGCGCCUUCUGGGCGCCGACACUGUGGGCCCCAGCUCUGGCAGAGGCUUUCGUUGGCCUCCUAAGGACUUUGGUGUGGUCUGGGGCACAACUGCAUCAUCAGACACAGCUGAGGUCCGGCUCGUGAACGGAACAAGUCGCUGUAGCGGAAGAGUGGAAGUGUUCCGUAAUGGCCAGUGGGGCACUGUUUGCGAUGAUAACUGGGGCAUGGAGGAAGCCAGAGUCGUGUGCCGGCAGUUGGGCUGCACAUCUGCCCUCUCGGCCGUCACCAGAGCACAUUUUGGAGCAGGAACAGGCAAAAUCUGGCUGGACGACGUUGGAUGCAAAGGAACAGAACUGAGUCUCCUUCAGUGCCCAGCAAGUACUGUGGGACUACACAACUGCAACCAUGGAGAAGAUGCUGGCGUAAUAUGCACAGAAGUGAGGCUGGUCGGUGGGUCAACUCGCUGUGUUGGACGGGUGGAGGUGUUCCAUAAUCAACAAUGGGGAACCGUGUGCGAAAACGGCUGGGACAUCAACGAAGCCCACGUGGUGUGCCGGGAAGUGGGCUGUGGAGAUGCCAUAGCUGCGCCGGGCAGAGCUAAAUUUGGACAAGGCUCCGGUCCCGCUUGGUUGGAUGGAGUCAACUGCACUGGAUCAGAAGACAGUCUCACCAAAUGCCCAGCAAAUCCAAUGGCAGAACACAGCUGUGACCACAGCAAAGAUGCCGGGGUAGAGUGUGCAGAGCCUCCUGAAAUCAGAUUAUCAGGAGGCCCCAGUCGCUGCUCUGGAAGAGUUGAGAUAUUCCAUGAACAAAUGUGGGGAACUGUAUGUGACGAUGAUUGGGACAUUGAAGAAGCCAGCGUUGUGUGCCAUUAUCUUGGCUGUGGAAGUGCUAUAUCAGCUCCACGAGGUUCUCGCUUUGGAGCAGGAAGUGGUCCCAUCUGGCUGGAUGGUGUUAACUGCACAGGGUCAGAGAAGGCCAUCAGUGAAUGCCCUGCUAAAGAAUGGGGGCAACAUGACUGUACCCACACUGAAGAUGCUGGCGUUAUAUGUACAGAUAUCCGACUAACGAAUGGACCAACUCGCUGCUCAGGGAGGGUUGAGGUAUAUCACAACAAGCAGUGGGGGACCAUUUGCGACAACGGCUGGGAUGUGCAGGAUGCUGAAGUUGUGUGCCGGGAGCUGGACUGUGGCAAUGCUUUAUCAGCAACAGGCACCGCGCACUAUACCCAAGGGUCCGGUACCAUCUGGCUCGACAGAGUUAACUGCACAGGGAAGGAAGUGUCCCUGAAAGAAUGCCAAGCGAGGCCUUGGGGAGAGCAUAGCUGUGACCACAGGAGGGAUGCGAGUGUGGAGUGCUCAGACCCCAAUGAGGUCAGACUGGUCAACGGUUCUGGCCGCUGUUCCGGGAGAGUCGAAGUACUCCACAACCAACAGUGGGGGACUGUGUGUGAUGACGGCUGGGAUAUAAACAGUGCCCAAGUCGUGUGCAGAGAACUGGGCUGUGGGAAAGCAAUAUCAGCCCCACGAGGAGCUCAUUUCGGAAGGGGAAGUGAUAAUAUCUGGCUGGAUGAUGUCAAAUGUAAAGGGUCAGAAGUUGCGCUCAGGGACUGCCGGCUAAAGCCUUGGGGAGAACAUAACUGCAACCACGGAGAAGAUGCUGGCGUGGUGUGCUCAGGUAAUGGACAAAUGGAAACUAGAUAACUCAGACUGGUAAAUGGCACAAACCGCUGCUCUGGGAGAGUUGAGAUAUUCCACAACUUGCAAUGGGGGACCAUAUGCGAUGACCGCUGGGGCAUAAAACAGGCUGAAGUUGUCUGCAAGGAGAUGGGCUGUGGGGUUGCUUUAAAAGCCCCCACAAAUGCCUUUUUUGGACGGGGAUCAGGGCCCAUCUGGAAGGAUGACGUCAACUGCGUUGGAACAGAAAGUUUUCUCAGUGAAUGCACAUCGAGUGAUUGGGGCCGUACUAACUGUCACCAUGGAGAAGAUGCUAGUGUUGUGUGUGCAGGCAGCCUCCAAUACCCGCUUGAGAUAAAGCUGGUCAACGGCUCAAGUCGGUGCUCUGGAAGGGUGGAAGUGUUUCAUUUGCAACAGUACGGAACAGUGUGUGAUGACGGCUGGGACCUGACUGAUGCCGCGGUGGUAUGUCGGGACCUUGACUGUGGAUCGCCCAUAUCUGCCCCACACGGGGCUCGGUUUGGGAAAGGACUGGAUCCCAUCUGGCUGGAUGAUGUAGAAUGUACAGGAGCAGAAUCUUCCCUCCUUGACUGCCCAGCUAAGCCUAGGGGAAUCAAUAAUUGCAACCAUGGAGAAGAUGCUGGUGUCGUGUGUUCAGGUAACUCAGAUGAUCUCAGGCUGGUCAAUGGCUCAAACCGCUGCAGUGGGAGAGUUGAGGUUCGUCCACCCGGCAGCGAGCAAUGGGGAACGGUCUGUGACCGCACCUGGGACUUAAACGAUGCUGAGGUUGUGUGUAGGCAGCUGGGCUGCGGCAAGGCCGGAACCAUCCUAAGCGGAGCUCAUUUUGGACAAGGAUCAGGUUCCAUCUGGAUGGAUAAUAUCAGAUGCAAAGGCACGGAAGAGGCGAUCACAGAAUGCAGCGCAGAUACUCGGGGCAACAAUAACUGUAAUCAUGGACAAGAUGCAGCAGUUAUUUGUUCAGGCUCCACCCCCAAAAUCUUCAGACUGGAAGAUGGCCCGAACUCCUGUGCUGGGAGAAUCGAGGUGUUCCACCAGCAACUGUGGGGAACCGUGUGUGAUGACGGGUGGGACCUGAAAGAUGCCAGUGUGGUGUGCAAGCAACUGAACUGCGGCUUUGCCUUGGAAGCCCCACCUGCAGCACGCUUUGGGCGUGGACCUGAUCGCAUCUGGCUGGAUGAUGUGAACUGCACAGGGUUAGAGCAUUCCCUUAAAGAAUGCGGGGGACGCCCGGUAGGAGAGCAUAACUGUGGCCAUGCUGAGGAUGCAAGCGUAGUGUGCUCUGGUCUUUUCCAGGUGCGAUUGGCUGGUGGCCCUAACUCCUGUGCUGGGCGGGUAGAGCUUGAGUAUAAUGGCUCCUGGGUUCCUAUUGGCGGCUCUGGCUGGGAUCUCACACAGGCUGCGGUGGUAUGCCGGCACUUGGGCUGUGGGGCAGCAGUGUCGGCCCCAGUGGGCAACACUUAUGGCAUGCCUACUGGGCCAGCCUUGUUGGAUGAGGUGAAAUGUAUUGGACAAGAGUCAACCCUGACUGAAUGCCAAGCUACUGCUGUGGGUUCCAAGAAAUGCAUCUGCGGUUCUUAUGCAGGAGCAGUAUGUAAAGGAAAAACAGGUUCUUCUGUAGCUAUUGCUGUAAUUCUGGGGCUGGCAGCUGUUGCUUUGCUUCUUGGUGGGACCUUUUUCUACCUACGAGGGAAAAGGCGGGGGAGACCAUUUUUGACGUUUCCCUUUACUCGGAGACAUGAACUAUUUAGGCAAGACGUUGCUGUCGGGUCCCGUUCGGUAAAUGGCACUCCAGAAAUAUACACCCGGGGAGGAGAACAAGCUGCACUUGAGAUGGACUGUGACACGGCCUGCUUAGUGAAAGAAGACUCUGCCUCUUCCCCAGACCGCGUUAACUGA